UGGCCACUGUACACUUAAAUACGUGUGGAAAAUAAUAUACAAUUUACUUUCACUUUUUAAAAGUUGUGUUGAAAGUAGAGCAGAUUUCCGUUGUUCCGUUUGUUCACCCACCCCUGGAGAUGAGCAGAUUUUAGUGUUAGCAUGAGUUUUGGGGAUGAUCGAUCAGUUAAUUGAGGGCUUGCUUUUGCAUUGUAUAUCCUUUAUAAUCUAAACUCAAAGAUGCUUAAUUAGCUAAGCCAAGUGUCCGAUAUGGCUUCCACCAGCAAUAUUCAAACAACCCCAUCAUCAUCAGAUCCUUCCUCUUGUUCCGAACACAGAUGGAAAUACGAAGUUUUCCUCAGUUUCAGAGGUGAUACCCGUAAUACAUUUACCAGCCAUCUAUUCAAUGCAUUGCGUGAGAAAUUUAUCUACACCUUUAAGGAUGAUGAAAGACUGGAGAUCGGAACACCCAUUAAGAAGGAACUCUUGGAAGCAAUAGAGAAGUCACAAAUGGCGGUCAUCAUUAUUUCAAAAGAGUAUGCAUCAUCGACAUGGUGCUUGGAAGAACUUGCAAAGAUUGUUGAAUGCAUGAACGAUAGAGAGAUGAAUGUUGUGCCCAUUUUCUAUCAUGUAGAACCUAGUGAUGUGCGGCACCAGAAGGGCGCCUUUGGAGAUGCCUUUGCUCAACACGAGAAAAAUCCUGAGAACAAAGAAAAGGUGCAAACUUGGAAAAAUGCUUUGAAAGAAAUGGCCAAUCACACUGGAAGACAUUUGAAGACCAACGAGGAUGAUGAGCCGAUGUUUAUCAAAAGCAUUGUUGAAAGGAUAUCUAGAAAAGUGAAGGAACUUAUUCGCGGUGAUCCCGAGUACAACCUUGUUGGGAUGGACUCUCAUCUUAUGGAAAUGGAUAAUCAUUUAAAUAUUGAAACGGAUGAUCAUCCUCGCUUUGUAGGGAUAUGCGGGAUGAGUGGAAUGGGCAAGACAACUCUUGCACGAGUUAUUUUUCGGAAGUUCAAGCGUCGAUUCCAAGCUGUAAGCUUUAUCGAAAAUGUUAGUUCGCGUUCUAAAGAAAAUGGUCUAGUUGCUUUACAAGAAAAUCUCCUUUCUGAUAUGAAGUUGAAGGAUGACGAAGAAAAAUGGGAUGUGCUGAAGGGAAUUAAUGUGACAAGGAAUAGAUUACGUGACGCAAAAGUUCUUAUUGUUCUUGAUGAUGUGGAUGAAAGAGAACAAUUAGAAACAUUAGCUGGAAACUGCAAUUGGUUUGGACGAGGGAGUAGAAUCAUUGUGACCACAAAAGAUAGACAGUUGUUAAAAAGUCAUGGAGUGGAAAAUAUAUACCCGAUUAAAGGACUACAAGAAAGAGAGGCUUUACAGCUUUUUUGUCAAGAAGCCUUUCAUAAUAACUCUGUUCAAUUUAGAGAUCAAAACUUAUGCAAUGGCUAUGUGAGUUAUGCCGAGGGUCAUCCUUUAACUCUUAAACGUUUGGGUUUCUACCUGCGGACAAAAGGAGGAAAGGUAUGGAGUAGUUUGCUGGCUAGAUUACAAGAAUAUCCUGAUCAACAUAUUCAAGAGCAACUCGAAAAAGACUAUGAUGCAUUGGCAGAGACAGAGAAAAAAAUGUUCUUAGAUAUUGCGUGUUUCUUCCACGAGGAAGACCAAGAUCGAGUAUUAGAUUUAUUGGAAGCUUCCAGCGGCUAUCGGCCAACCAUUGAUAUAGUAACUCUUGAGGACAAAUCUCUUAUCACUAUUUUGGAGAAAAAAUUGUGGAUGCAUAGUUUACUACAAAGAACGGGUCGGGAAAUUGUUCGCUGUGAAGAUCGUGAAGAGCCUGGAAAACGCAGCAGAUUAUGGCGUCGUGAUGAUAUCUUUGAAGUUCUACGGGAAAAUUCUGGAACAAAAAAAGUCCAAGGCAUAAUGUUAAGUCUCUCGUCUCCACGCCAAAAAGAAGACUUGAAUCCUGAAGCCUUUUCAAAUAUGAAAAAACUUAGAUUAAUUAAAAUAUGUGGUGUGAAUCUUCCACCACGAGGCCUCGAUUCUCUCUCUAAUUGGCUACGACUAAUGGAAUGGCACCAAUAUUCUUUGGGGUGCAUACCAGAGAGUUUUCAACCAAGCAAUCUUGUUGAGCUCAUUAUGCAUCGCAGCAGCUUUGUGGAAUUACCAAUGGCUUUUCUUAAAUUAAAGAAGUUGAAAGUCAUGGACUUCAGUGGCUCUGAAAAAUUGAUGAUGACUCCUGACUUCUCUGGAUGCCCUAGUCUUCAAAAGUUAAUUUUUGAAGGUUGCACAAAAUUGUCCGAAGUUCACCCAUCGAUUGGAGCUCUUGACCGUCUUAUACUAUUAAAUCUCAAAGAGUGUAAAAAGCUUUUGGUUUUUCCUAGUGCCAUUUGUUGUUUACCUGCUCUUAAAACUCUCAUUCUCUCUGGAACCACCUUGUCGCUGCAGAACUUUUUUUCUGGGUUGACCUCUUUAGUAGCUCUAGAUCUAAGUGACUGCAAUCUAUUGGAUGGAGCACUCCCCGACGAUCUUAAUAGCUUAUCCUCCUUGGAAUCUCUGAAUUUGAGCAGAAACAAUUUCACAUGCUUGCCAGGCAGCAUUUCUCAGCUUCCAAAGCUUAAAUCUCUUUGCUUGGAUAAUUGUAGCGGGCUUCAGUUAUUGCCAAAUCUUCCCUCAACUACACUUGUAAUGACUCGAGAAUGUACUUCACUACCAAAUUUUUCCAAUCAAGUUGUUGGGUCGACUUCAGGUGGAGGAGAAUCCACUGUUAUUAACUGCCAUAGUGAGGUUUCUUCGCUAUAUCCACACUGUCAGCCACCGGGCAUGGAGGAGCAAAUUCAUCAAAAUGACAAAUAUCAUGGCAUGCCUCAAACUGGAAUUCCAUCACAGUACGAUCAAGAAUGCCCUUCACGCAAUAUUGUUUCCAAUGAAUUAGGAGGGUUGACUUCAGCUGGGGGGUCCACAUCUGACGAUAUGUUGAGGGAGGCGUCCGGGGUUGGGUCAGCGAGAAAGAGAAAAAUGGGAGAGGCGUUUGGGCAGGGGGAAAUGGCAAAGGAAGUAAGAUUUGACAAGCCCGAUCAACCCAACGCCGACUAGAUACGAGAUUUGCAGUUUUAGAUUUGAUAUAAAUUGGUUCCCGUAAAAAGGGGUUAACUUUAUAAUACAUUAUUAAUAAAUGAAUGGUGAAUCUGCCUAAUCUGAAA